AUGCAUUGGUGUGGUCGGAGCUCCAUCGCUUGUCUUGUCAUGUGCGCCAGCCGGGCCGGCAGUGUCUCCAAAGGUUCCAUCUUGGUCACGACAACGGGGCGGGAAGGAGGAGAGCCUGCGAAUCGCACGCCACCCACGGCCCACGGCGGAGCCUGUCAGCCUGAGCGGGAGCUUACAGUACAGUACAGUACAUCACGUGUCGCGAAAAGAAGCACGGUUUCAUCUGGUGCGAGUUCUGAUUCGGUGCCGCAAUUGGUCUCGGUCCCGACAGAACGUUCCGUCAGCGUCAAGCGAAUGCCUGCGUGGUGCUGGGCGCAGGAUGGCAUGGCGGCUUUCGUGCUGCGUGGUGUCUCAAGUUCCGGGGCGUGGUGGACUCUUAAAGUACGCACUGGCUUCGGCUCUCCUCAACAGGCUCCGGACGAUGACCUGACGUUGAUAUUCACACGUCCGAAUGCGAUCCGGCUCAGACUUCAUGCUGUACUGCUAGAACUCAGCAUGAAAACGACCUUGAGGCAGUGCGCUCGGGACCGACGAGAUGUUGACACUGCUCAGCUCAAGACAUGGGCAACCAUGCCGCCCGAGUUACCAAACUCGAAUGCGGACACCCAAACCAGUAUAGGGGAAGCUCAUCGUCGAUAUACGGGCUAUGGAGACGAGAUGAUUACAGUAUGUCGAGAAUUUGCGUCCCGUUCUGCACGAUACAAUUAUCAAUCUGAUCCGUGA